AAGCGUAUCGUCCGCCUUACUCCCGAGCAAGCGGCGGAGUUGUACAAGGGCCAUUACGGACGCCAUCACUUCCCACACCUCGUGGCCCACAUGUCCAACGGGCCCAUCAUCGCUCUCGUGCUGGCCGCUAAGAACUGCAUACAGAAGUGGCGGACGCUUAUGGGCCCUGCUCGUGUAGCAGAAGCUCAGGCAUAUUGGCCAGACAGCCUACGCGCGUGCUACGGUCGCCGCACGCAGUAUGGCGAUUAUUUCAACGCGGUGCACGGCAGCGAGAACCACUCGGAGGCGCUGAGAGAGAUACAUUUCUUCUUUCCUAGCAUGAUCGUGGGCCCAAUAACCCGGCACUGGCAGGUAAACGACUACAUCCAGAAGCACAUCACACCAACCUUAUUACCAGCUCUAACGGCACUAGCUCAUGAGAAGCCGGCUGAGCCGGUGCUGUGGCUGGCUGAAUACUUGCGCCGGCACAACCCCAACGAACCGGAGCUGGCACCGCAGCCGCCCGGUCAGCGCGAGGAGCGGCGGUGUCAUACGCCGCUCCCGUCUGAGGAGUCAUUGCUCAACUGAAGAUAGUUUGAAAUCAAUAGAAAGAGAGAGAGAUGUGCAUUUAAUCACACGCCCUUUCUACCAUAAGAGUCGCACAAAGAAAUCUAUAGAAAGAAAGAUAUUAGAUCUAAUACGAACGAGUGAGCCUGGACGCGUGGUUGGGGUGUACUCGUCUGUCCAAAUAGAACACAAUAGAUUGGCUCGAUUAAACGAUUUAGUAACC